UGGGUGAGGGCGUCCUGGCCGCAGCAGGUGCCGGAGUGCGGCCCUCCCCGCAGCUUCCACCGCAGCCCUGGGAAGGCAGCCUCCCUGGCUUAGGGAAGGGAGGCUGAGGCUGGGGCUUGGCUGCCCCACAGGUGGGGGUGGCGGGGCUGUCCCUGCUGCCCUAGGAGAGGGAGGGCUGGGAGGAGGCCUGGGAGUGGCCCCGCGUGGUGCCAGGCACCUGUGUCUCCGAGUGGUCUGACUGCUGACACGGCGCAGGCAAGUGGCCUGAGCUCAGGGCUUGUUCUGCGAGGACUUUGAUCCUGGGCGGGCCGCCCGCAGGCCCAGCGGAACCGAGAGCCAGCCCCUCCCGUGGCUGAGCCUAGAGGGCCCCUCCUCCCACCAGCGGGCCUUUCUGCUGACCGCACAAAGGGGCACGUCCGGGCCGCACCCACAAGCUGGGGCCGGGGGUUCGAGGGUGCCAGCAGUCCCAAGGGGGCCUCUCCUCUCUGGGGAGACGAUGUCAGCAGGGGCUGGGAGCCCCCAGGGCUGCAUCGGCCCUCUGAAGGCCGCCUGCGAGCCCCCCAGCCCCCAGCCCCAGACUGUGGGAUUCCUGGACCUGGCUCAGAGCUGCCGACAGACCUGGGAAACCAUUCGAGAGCGGAGCCUUGGCUUCUCGCCUCCCAGCGGGCAGCACGACCACAGCCCUGUCUUUCAGGGCUGUGGAAACUCAGCCGAGGCGUGUCAGGAGCCAGGAAAUGGUAGGGUCCCUUGUCAUCAGCAGACCAGGGCCCCGGAGCCACCCACCGAAGACCUUGUCUUGCUCCUGUGACUCCUGUCGCCACAGUCCUGGGCCUACCCUGCCAGGAGCCACUGAGAGCCAGCGCAAGAGAGUGAGAGCC